UCGGUUUGGACCAAUGAUAUUACAGAUUUGAAUUGGCGACAGUAGGCGGGACUUCCUCAUGACUUUAGCAUUGCGGCCUCUGCUGAAGGACACCUGACUUCUUCUGUUUGCUAAAGGGUCGUGUGGUAAAGGACUAUUAACAAAUCAUCAUGGGGGGACACGAUGCAGGAACCGCACACCAGUUCUCUGGGAUCGCUAAGUACUUCAACGCAUACACAAUCACAGGAAGGAGGAAUUGUGUCUUGCUCACAUAUGCCAGCAUAGCGACCAUUGCUCUUUUCUUCAAAUUGAAGCCCAAGAAACAAGCAGCCAUCACAGAAAAGUGAUAAUGUGUCAAUUCUGACCAUGCCAGACAGCUGGAGGUGGAGGUGGAAGCAGCGGGAUGUGCUUGUGAUAAAAUUACUUUAUUUCCCUAUGUAAACAAUAAAGAACAUGGAUACCCAACA